AUGUCAUCGCAUGGGCACCCUGGGCGACGUUUGGUUCCUGAACUACUGGAUGAAUUCGAAGUGCGAGGCCCCAAUGGAACCCACACAUGCUACACAGUUACGCUGGCUGCAUGCAACCUGAGGGAUGUUUCCUUCUCUCUCUUCCCCUUAGACGUCGCUCGAGCACUAUCAUAUAGCCUUGCCCAGGCGGUGGCAUGCGUGCAUUCACAAGGCUAUGUUCAUGGAGAUUUACAUUUAAACAACGUUUUGCUGGCCCUUCCGUCCAACUUCGAUGACCUUUCUGUUGAGCAAUUGUACGAAAAGUAUGGCAAACCCGAAACAGUCCCCAUUACGCAAAUAAUGGAAAUGGAGAGCCGCUCCCUCCGAAUAUCCCAGCUGAAGCGGCUCGGCCACUGCUUCUUGGGAGAUCUAUAG